AUGCAGAAUGCGCAAAGGAUAGAAAGCUGCAGAAAAAAGGCCGAGGACGCGCUUGGGCGGCUCAUUGAGCGAGAGAAGGUGUACUCGCGGGUGUCUGGGGCCACCUUUGGGUUUAUUCGCUACAAGCGCGCCAUGAAGGAGCUUCUUCAGUAUGAGGGGGAGCUGGACAGCGUAAGCGACCUUCUCAAAGUAAAACACAUAGGCAGAUCCAUAGCAGAAGAGAUACUAAAAGAAGUGGAAAGGGCCCCGCCAGGCAAAAAUGCGGGCGGGCAGGAAGACUUUGCCGAGGGGGGAAGCGGCAGCCAACCCCCCAGCAAAGCAGCGUCUGCAUGCAGCGAGGAGCUGGUGUAUGUGCUGGACAGCUCGGACUCUGCCCGGGAGGCCUGCGCCGCCCCCAUGGAGCCCGCUAGACAGCUUGUGGCAGAGCAAACAGAAGAUGCGAGGAAGGCACUGCCGAAAAGCAAGGAUGCUUUUUCCCUGGCAUACACGCAGUGCGCAGUGAAAAUCAAAACGAAGGAGCCGGAGAAGGAGAAAAAAGUUGGAUAUGUUUUUUCUGUUCGCAUCAAUGGCCACCAGGUGAAAGUGCCUGUUCCGUUCACGGUAGCGCAUCUUGUGAUAGACACGCUUGCAUAUGAUGUCCUAGAUGGACAGCUUGUUGACACUUCGUCGUUGCGAUACUUCUGCUUGGAGAGGGCGCAGAAGCAGCUCCAUGUGUAUGGGGGCAGGCUGGUGUUCAGCUCUGUGGAAAAAAGGGUCAAGCACACUUCCAAGAUUCUUAUGCGCCACGGGCUUAUAGAGGACACGGGCGCGGGCUUGCUGAUAACAGAGGCUGGGAGGGAGUCUGCGCGGACUCUGUCCUACAUAAACGACUAUAUGCACAGAGCCCGCGGCCGCCCGCACUUUUUUCCGAGGGGCGUGGGCACAAGCGGGCUUUCCGAAAAAACAGGCUGCUUGGCACGCGGAGAAGACGCAAAAGAGCAGUGUGUUCUGCUAAUCGACAUGCGCGAGAAGCGGACGCGCGAAAACCCGUACUUCUUCCAAACCUCUCUUUCUCACGCAGGCGUCCAAGCAGAGACCAGGGUCCUGUCCGUGGGAGAUUUUUUGUGGGCGCUGGUUAGAGACAAGCAGCAGUACUACUGCAACCUUUUGAUAGAGCGCAAAACGAUAAGAGACCUUAUGCAGUCGGUGAGGGACGGAAGAUAUGCGGAGCAAAAGGAAAGGCUCAAAAGCCUGCAAGGCGUCAAGGUGUACUGCAUAGAAGGCGCCCUUCCGGCAGAGCCUUCGGUUCUAAAAACUUUGUACACUUCUUCGUACAAGCUAGCGGCCUCAAACUUUGUUGUCAUAAACCCUUGGCGAGUGGAAGAAACUCUGGCGUCAAUAGAAAGCAUGCACCGGCACGUCUGCAAAGGGCCGCAGGAAAAGAACAUAUUACUCAGUGAUUUAUUGGUGCGCUCGCACAAAAGAAAGCUUACUAGCUAUGCCCGGACAGACCGCUCACUCAUUGUUCUUCAAGCAAUAAAAGGGGUUUCCUACCAGGUUGCUUCUAGCAUCGUGGGCGCUCUGGGAGACCUGUUUGCUUUGCUUGCGCGCGGCAGCACGCCCUCUUCUCUUCUAGACCAGCUGGAGCAUACGGUUGUCCAUGCCUCUGGCACAAAGCGAGUGAUUGGGCGCAAAAAAGCGCUUUCUAUACUGCAUGCACUAGGGCUCCGGCUCCAUUAA